CUCCCGCCCCCCGCGUGCCGCCGCCGCCGCCCGGGUUCCUCUCCCCCCGCCCGGGCGCUCCCUGCCAAGCCCAUGAUGUAAUGGUGUAUGUUAAUCAGUAGCAUGUGGGGAGCUCGGCUCGGGAGGCUCAGUCCUCCGCGAGCCGACUCCGGAGGCAGCCGCAGCGCCGCACUUCUAGCGCCGCUGCCCCGACGGCAUGGCCCGCGGCCCGCUCUCCGGGCGCCCCCAACCUCGCUAGGAGCCGCUGCGGCCCCGGACCCGCGCGCGGGGCCCCGAGCCGCCGGGAUGAGCCGCGCCGAGUGGUGAUCGCCGCUCGGGAAUGCGGGUGUGAAGGGUCCGAGCUGCUGCCCAGCAGGGAAGAGACCCUGGGACGCCGGAAAUCACCAUCUCAAAGCUGCGAGAAGGGGGUGAAAGAGAACAUUCUUCAUUCAGUUUUUGUGCCUUGUGGGGAAUUAUUUUUAAACGUUAGUAUUAUUUUUUUAAAAAGAAACAUUUCCUUGCUACUGUCUGUCAUCAUUUCUGGGGAAAUCAGCCAGAACCACCGGCACGUAACAAACCAGACCAGAGAGGCAGGAGCCGAGACAGUACCUGCAGCGUCCGGGCACCAGAGCCACCUUGGAACGGGAACGCAUCUCCGGCGGCCGCGGGGCUGCAGCUCCUACAAACUUUGGGGCGAGCGGGGAGGGCUGGGUGCCGAAAGGCCUUUGUAGACCGAGGGCCGCCCCCUAACCAUGAUGUUUCGCGACCAGGUCGGGGUGCUGGCGGGCUGGUUUAAGGGCUGGAACGAGUGCGAGCAGACUGUUGCGCUGCUGUCUCUGCUCAAGCGCGUGAGCCAGACCCAGGCCCGCUUCCUCCAGCUCUGCCUGGAGCACUCACUGGCCGACUGCGCCGAGCUGCAUGUCCUCGAAGGCGAGGCCAACAGCCCCGGAAUCAUUAACCAAUGGCAACAGGAAUCCAAGGAUAAGGUGAUUUCCCUCCUGUUAACUCACCUGCCUUUGCUGAAGCCAGGAAACCUCGACGCAAAAGUAGAAUAUAUGAAACUUCUGCCCCAAAUCCUGGCGCACUCCAUCGAACACAACCAGCACAUCGAGGAGAGCAGGCAGCUGCUGUCCUACGCUUUGAUACAUCCUGCCACUUCGUUGGAAGAUCGCAGUGCUCUAGCCAUGUGGCUGAAUCACCUGGAGGACCGCACGUCGACCAGCUUUGGCGGCCAGAGCCGAGGCCGCUCGGACUCUGUGGAUUACGGGCAGACGCACUACUAUCACCAAAGACAGAACUCUGACGACAAGCUCAACGGGUGGCAGAACUCUCGGGAUUCUGGGAUUUGCAUCAAUGCCUCCAGCUGGCAGGACAAAAGCCUGGGAUGUGAGAAUGGCCAUGUGCCCCUGUACUCCUCCUCAUCUGUCCCCACCACAAUCAAUACGAUUGGAACCAGCACAAGUACAAUUCUCUCAGGCCAGGCACACCACAGCCCUUUGAAACGAUCUGUGUCCCUUACCCCACCCAUGAAUGUGCCAAACCAGCCUCUAGGACAUGGAUGGAUGUCUCAUGAGGACUUACGAGCUAGAGGACCCCAGUGCCUCCCAUCCGAUCAUGCCCCCCUGUCUCCACAAAGCAGUGUAGCCUCUUCAGGAAGUGGUGGGAGUGAACACUUAGAAGAUCAGACCACUGCUCGUAACACAUUCCAAGAAGAAGGUAGUGGUAUGAAAGAUGUUCCCGCCUGGUUAAAAAGCCUUCGCCUGCACAAGUACGCCGCCCUCUUCUCCCAGAUGACCUAUGAGGAGAUGAUGGCCCUCACUGAGUGCCAGCUGGAGGCUCAGAAUGUAACCAAAGGUGCAAGACACAAAAUUGUCAUCAGUAUUCAGAAGCUCAAAGAAAGACAAAACCUCCUGAAGUCUUUGGAAAGGGACAUCAUUGAGGGGGGCAACCUGCGUAUCCCACUCCAGGAGCUGCACCAGAUGAUCCUGACUCCCAUCAAGGCCUACAGCUCCCCAAGCGCUACCCCCGAGGCUCGCCGCCGGGAGCCCCAGGCCCCGCAUCCGCCCUCACUGAUGGGCCCCGAGAGCCGGAGCCCCGACUACAAGGAUGGCCCCUCGGCCACUGGCGCCACAGCCACCCCCUCGGUCGGGGCCAGCGGCGGGCUGCAGCCACACCAGCUGAGCAGCUGUGAUGGGGAGCUGGCCAUUGCUCCCCUGCCAGAGGGGGAUCUCCCUGGGCAGUUCACACGUGUCAUGGGGAAAGUCUGCACACAGCUCUUGGUCUCCAGACCUGAUGAGGAAAAUAUAAGUUCGUAUUUACAGCUCAUAGACAAGUGUCUAAUUCAUGAGGCAUUUACAGAGACACAGAAAAAAAGAUUGUUGUCAUGGAAACAGCAGGUGCAGAAGCUCUUUCGGUCUUUCCCUCGGAAAACCCUUCUAGACAUAUCAGGAUAUCGACAGCAAAGAAAUCGCGGCUUUGGGCAGUCCAACUCCCUUCCGACAGCCGGCUCUGUGGGUGGCGGCAUGGGCAGGCGGAACCCACGCCAGUACCAGAUCCCCUCUCGGAAUGUCCCAUCCGCCCGCCUUGGUCUCUUGGGCACCAGUGGAUUCAUCAGCUCCACCCAGCGCAGUACCGCAGCCAACCCCACCAUCAUGAAACAAGGAAGACAGAACCUCUGGUUUGCCAACCCUGGGGGCAGCAAUAGCAUGCCUAGCCGUACCCACAGCUCAGUCCAAAGGACCCGCUCGCUGCCCGUGCACACGUCUCCACAGAACAUGCUGAUGUUCCAGCAGCCAGAAUUCCAGCUUCCUGUGACUGAACCUGACAUCAACAACAGGCUGGAGUCCUUGUGCCUCAGUAUGACCGAGCACGCCCUGGGAGAUGGAGUUGACCGGACCUCCACAAUCUAGAAGUUGAAGAUGAGAGUGGCCGCGCUGGCCGUGAAAUUGACUGCUGCGGGUCCAGUGUCAGCCGUCUGCAGGGUUGCACAGAAUCCUUCAAGACAUUUUGCAGCCUUUUUUCCCGUGGUCCCUCUCCCAUUUUGAUUUUGUGAGAGCGUAGGUCGUCCUUGUAAACAUAUCAGUAGGCCUGGGAUUGGUGAUUUUGUCAUUUGUUUCUGUUAUGGGAUGGCUUGGUGUGCGGGGUGGGGAGGAGGGACUGGGAGGGGGUGGGGUGAAUGCAAGUGGCCUCCUGGAUGGAAAGGAAAGGAAAAAAAAAAAAAAAAAAGUCCAGCCCCAAAGGACGUGGGAGGACUGCGGAAGCCGAGCCUGGAGCCGUCCCCAGAGAGCCUGCCUUCAGUCGGGCCCCAGGAGGAGGGCAUGGGCACCUGCGACCACCGCACGCUGCCGGCCCGCCGCUGGCUUCUCCCUGACGGAUUCCCCCUGGAGACCCUGCUGGGGACUGAGCCGCCGCGUGGCGCAGGGCGCGGGGGGCAGGAAGGGAGAAAUUUCCUCCCACAGAAUUUCAGAUAAACUUUGAUUUGUGUAUUGUUUACAUAAUAAUUUUAAAGGGUACAUAAUGUGUAAAGAGUUUGGAUAGAAUUUCUCUUCAUACUAUGGUUUUUGUAAAGGAUCUGUUGAUAUGGAUUCAUUUUUGUCCUCUAUUUUUAUAAUAGCAGCAGGGUUGUCUUUUAAAAUGGCUGCCAAGCUCUGCUUCUUGGGAAGACAGACGCAGUCAUAGGCCUGAGUUUCCGGCCUCUGCCUGUGGGUCGGAGGGGCAUGCGGGUGGAGGGGCAGGAGAGGAUGUGACUGGCAUGGGCGCAGCCCCGGGGCGGCUCCAUGUGACCGGCUAGGGUUUGCCUGCAGAUCACCUGGAGAUUCUAAGACAAUCCUGUGGCCCUUCUCUGUGCUGGAUUUGCUUCUCACCCAGAGGCCUCUCUUUCUCCCGCCUUAACCACGGGGCUUCAUCCUGUCACGCCCAGCUUCGCACCGCAAACCCACAGGUUGGGUGUGAGGUCGACUGGAGGAGAAAAGGCAGGGAAGGACACUUCCUCGUAAGAGGCCUUACUAACCAGAUAAUGAGCUCAAAACACUGCUGACAGUGUGGUUGUUCACAGGAACCCGAGCCCGGGGGCUGCAUCCCCUUCUCUUGCUCACUGUGGAGGAAGAGGAGAGCAGAGCCCAGCAACAGCGUAUAAAGGGUCAGGCAGCAAGUGGCAGAGAGAGUGUGCAAGGAGAUGGUACAGCCUAUGGGGAUGGCCCCACCGUCCCAGGUAGGCGGUGAACCGUGUGGGAAAGGUCAGCGGCAUGAUGGAAGCGGUGGCUCUGUCCGUGUGGUGUGUGUCAGGGAUUUACUGUGUUGGCUGAUUUAUCCUCCCAUACAGAAGGGAGAGAAAGACACUCGUUACAUGGUGGGAGAUUAACAGACUAUGCUGCCACGCAGUAAUAGCUCUUUUUCUUAAGGGCAGGAAAGACUAUGUUGUGGAAUUCGAUGCAAUGGAGGGUAUUAGAGGAAAUCGAAGGGGAGUUGUGCUGUGCACUGGAAAAUUGGGUUGUGUAAAUGAUGGUAUGAAUGCUCAGCCAGAGGCAAGAUCCGGGAGAUGGUAUAAGGCUUACUUAUUAAACAGGCGAUUCUGGUGCCGCUUCAUUUAGCAAAGUCAGAGUCUAAAUUGAAGAGAUCAGACCGUGAAAAUCACUACAAUCAUGGUUAUUUUUUUUUUAAGUUAAUGAAGUAAAUACAGAUUUAAAAGUCCUUAAUGAAAUCCAAACAACUUUCUUUUACCUUCAAGAUUAGACAUGUACAACCAACUCAGCCUUGGGCAUUGUAAUAAGGCUUCUGACAUACUUUCAAAGUCCAAAAAGGUGGGAGCAUCUUAACCAGAGACAGCCUUUAGCAAAGAAGAAGGCUUGACCACAAGAUCAUGCAUCUUAUAAAUAAGGGACCUCUUCUUGGGUGAUUAUGUUCUAAAGAUGCAAAUCCAUGCACAGAAAGAGGCAUCAUUAUUUAGUUGCUUUUCUUAAAAACUAAGUGCCAUUAACAUUCAUCCUUCACACACCCUUUCUAAACAGGUUCAGUUUUACUUGGGGAAUGUGUCAGGAUGGAUGAUCACAUGUAAGGCAGGAAGAACAGAUCACAAAUACGAAGGCCAAAGGUAAGACCAGAGGGUUUGCGAAGGUGUUUUUUUGGAUGCUAAGAAAGUUAAGAGAAGAAAAAGCAAUGACAUCACACAUCUCAUGGAGAAAGGAGAAAGCACUCAGAUCUGCUGCAAAGCGCAUAUAUCCAUAAAGGCUCGGGGAGGGAAGGGGGUUCAGAAAACAGAUUGUGAACACAAUCACAUUAGCACGAAUCCUUUAAAAGGAAGAAGACCUUAAAAGUAUUUGCAAAUCUGAAUUUCUAUUUAUUCCUUCACUGAAUAUAGAAACAAUGGUUAUCUGAUUACUAGAGAUAUUAUUUUGGAUAUGUUACUUAUUAACUUGCUAUGGCUGGUAACCAUGAUAAAGUCUGUUAUUAAUAACAACAUAAUUCUUUUUUUAAAAAAAAGAAAAGCUUAUUUUUCAUUGUAUAUAGAUUACCUACUUAGUUGUGUUUUGCUAUUAGUGUUUUAAUUUUUUUUUUAAGUUGAGUGUUCUGAAAAAUUUUAGGAGCUUGUUCCCACCUUGUUUUGAGUCCUGUGUUGACUGCAGGUAUACAGCUCAAUUUAAAAACCCUAAAGCAAAAGAAUUUAUUUAUAAAAAAAUCAAACAGUUGUUUGCGUAAGGCUGUGAAGUCGGAUAUUUAGUAAUAAAGCGGCAGUGCCUUUUUUUGUAUUUACCCAUUGACCCCCAAAUGCAACUGUAUUUUAUAUUAAGUAAAUGGUAUCAUUAAAAAUCUCAGAGUAAAAUCUAUUUCACUACAUGUUUUUUUCCCCUUGUUCUGAUUUAAGCAGUGUGUAUUUGGCAUCUCUACACUGUCCCAGGGACAGUGGUGUUUUAUGAUGUUAUCAUGUAUGAUGUUUUAUUGGUGCUUCUUAUUCAUAGUGGUUUCUUACCAGAAACAGUGGGAAGACACACAUAAACUGUGUACAAGAAAUGAAACAUUGCUGCUGAUAUGUUUGUUUGUUUGUUUGUUUGUUUGUUUGUUUGUUUCCACAUGCUUUUUGAGUUUCACUUUUUAAGCGAGGGCCAGCAAGCCAAAUAGACGCUGCUGGGUCUACCUGCAGAGGGCAGCUGUUUGCACCAAGCUCUCAAAUCCUACGUACUGAUGGUCCCUUUUUGGUACUCAGGAUUGGAGCUACAGCUGGGUCCCCAUCUCCCAUUCAUUUGAUGAGACACUGACGGAAAUGAGGUUUUCUUUUGAGGUGUCAUUGGCUGCCUUUGCGGAAUGGGAGCCCUCUGCGAGUCCUUUGUUUUUCUGCACCUCCCGCGGCCACUGCCUCUGGGGCAGGGUGUGUAGGCAUGCAUGCCCCAGCUGGAACCGGGCCUCACCAAGAGAGCCUGGGCUGGGGGGCUGAGCUGGCUGAAAGCACAGGCAGGCAACCAGAGAGCAGGCAGCAGAGGAGAAGCAUGCUCCACUCUCGUUGGCCGUCCAGCGAUGUCUGCUCCCGUGGCUCCAGCUUGGAAAGCAGCCUGACCAAGGUGUCCGGAUGUGCCUGUUACAAGAAAAACCUGCAGAAUGGUAAUUUGCACAUGGGGCUGUGAUAACACUAAUGUUGAUUUUUUUUCUUUACAAGUCAUCAGAGACGUUUGCAAAGUGAGUUUUAUUUUUUUUUAAUUCCUUUAUCUUUACUUAAAGGUGAAUGUGUAUUCCUCUGGGAGGAAUAGGAAGAAAACAGGAAUGUUAAUAAUGUCAAACAGAAGACUUCCUCCCUUAUUAAUAUAUAAUCCUCAUGUAUUUAUGCCUAAUGUAAGCUGACUUUUAAAAAGCUUUCUUUUGUUGCAUGCCCCUCGCAGGCAUCCCAUUUGUACAUGCAUGCCUUUUGUCCUGUUUUCCUGUAUAAAGUUAGUGAACAAAGAACUAUUUUUGCCUAGUUCAUGUUGCCAAGCAAUGCAUAUUUUUAAAAUUUGUCAUAUAUAUGGAAAUAGCAUGUUUGUUACAUGUAAAAGCUUUACUGAUAUACAGAUAUACUAAUGUUUGAAGAUGCUGUUCUUUGCAAGUGUACAGUUUUCAAAUGUUGUUACCAGUGAAACACCCUUGUGGUUUAAACUUGCUACAAUGUAUUUAUUACUCAUUUCCUCCCAUGUAACUAAGAAUCAUGGCUAUAUUUCAUAUCAACAUUAUAUUGAAAGUGAAGGGAAAUGAUUAAUACAAGGUUUUGUAACACUG